AUGCGCAUCACAUUACGCAAGGCGGCGCUAUUAUCCUUGCCCGUCCUGGCAAGCGCCGUCUCGCUCUCCGACCUUGCGCCUCGCGCUCAGAAUCUACCACCGGCCUGCAACAAAGUGUACAAUGAGCAGAUACCAGGAUGCACUGCCAGCGACUUUUCGUCACAUGACUGCAGUCGGUCGUGCAUUCUCGGCCUCUACGCCCUCGUCGACCCGAUCAGAAAUGCGUGCGGAAAUAGAGGGAUCACUGGCGAGAACUUGAUCGUGGCCUUUCUUGCAGACAUCGGACCGCAGCAGAUCUGUGUUAACGCCCCGACCGGAACAAGCUUGCCGCCGCAAACGACCGCUUGGCCUCCCCCACCCCACAUGGGACCUGGUUCGUCAGCAUGGCCGUCACAAACCGAGCCUUGGGGCUCCACGGUCACGGCGGGCAUCAGCACAGCGUCCAGCUUGCCGCCCAGUGACACAAGCAGUCUUGUGGUAGAUACCUCGAGUGCGCCGACCAUCCGCGCGUGGACUUCGCCGACGACCACAUCAGCCAAGACUCCCACGGCAACGUCGUCAACCGCCAGUCCGCAAACCAAUUUUGGCGACCAUAGUGGCGGUGGCAGUCCGUUCGAUGCCUCGGGCAAUCUCGGGGGUGCCGGCAGCAUCUCUUUGUCGAUAGCUGUGGCACUCUUGUCAACGGCGGUAGCCCUCUUCACCACAUUCCGAUGA